UUGGUGAAAAUCAUACCUGAGGAAUCCACGGUUUUUAAAUCAUCAUUAUCACCAUUAAAGUUAACCUUUGAGACAAGUAAAGUAGGAGAAAAAUAUUCAAUGAUGUUUAAAAUCGGAGAUGAUUUAAGACAGGAUCAAUUAGUUAUUCAAAUUAUUAAAUUAAUGGAUCAGUUGUUGAAAAAUGAGAAUUUGAAUUUGAAUUUAAAACCGUAUAAAAUACUAUCAACUAAUCCCAUUGAUGGGUCAAUUGAGUUUGUUCCAAAUUUAACGCUAGAUAAAGUAUUGAGUGAGUAUCAUUCAAUUUUAAAAUUUUUCCAAGAAAAUAACUAUGAUGAGCAUGAAGAGUUGAAAGUUAAGAGUCAUGUUAUGGAUAGAUAUAUUAAAUCUUGUGCAGGAUAUUGUGUGAUAACGUAUAUUUUGGGAGUUGGUGACAGACAUCUAGAUAAUUUGUUAAUAUCGUUGAAUGGGCAAUUUUUUCAUGCAGAUUUUGGGUAUAUAUUAGGACAAGAUCCUAAACCAUUCCCACCGUUAAUGAAGUUGCCAAUUCAGUUAGUUGAAGGAAUGGGAGGAUUGAAUCAUGAAAAUUUUAAGAUUUUCAAGAAUUAUUGUUUUACAAGUUUUUUAAUAUUAAGGAAGAACAGUAAUUUGAUAUUGAAUUUAUUUGAAUUAAUGAUUGAAGCCAACAUUCCUGACAUCAAGAUUGAUAAAAAUAGAGCAAUACUAAAAGUGAAAGAGAAGUUUUGUCUUGAAAUGAAUGAUGAAGAAGCUAUUUUACAUUUUCAAAACUUGAUUAAUGAUAGUGUCAACGCAUUUUUACCAAUGGUGAUUGAUCGGUUGCACAGUUUGACACAGUACUGGCGAGCAUAAAAGGUGUGGAAACCCAUAGAAAACCUAGCAAAUACAAAUAAUACUAUAAUAAAAGCGAAUAUAUUUGAUAUUU